AUGUCUUCGUCAAUUCCCGUACAUUUGCCUCAACUCGAUCGUUAUUUGAUCGACGUCAUGAAAGAAUUCAAACGAAUGUGGGGACCGCCCAACUAUACGAAAGUGCUCAAUGAUCACGAUUCGGUUAGUUUGGGAGCAUAUACUGCUUUUAUUUCAAUCAAUUAUCAAUUUUUAUUCAGAUGCUCGUCAAAGUGAUAACUCAGAACAUAAAUGCCACGUUCGAAUGCAAUUUCGGCGCAGAUCAGAUAUUCGGGCGGUGGAAUACUUUGAAGGAGAUGUUCUACACGGAAUACGAUCGGAACGGACGCUCCAUUCGCAACUAUCACGGCCCGUUCGUUCCGUUCUUCAAUUUGAUGACGUGGCUCGUCGUGGACACCUGA